CCAAGAAACGGGAUCUCAAGCUGAACCAUGGGGAUGAAGAAGAAGAAACUGGGAGGAAUGCACUUCCAAAAACACAGGGGCAAGCCAAAGAGCAUAUUGAGCAGCUGCAAAGACUCCAACAAAAGGAUCCUGAGUUUUUUGAGUUUUUGAAAGAGCACGACAAGGAGCUUCUUGAAUUUGAUGAUGAGGAUGUGGAUGAGGAUGCUGAUGAUGGUGAGGAAGAUGCAGAGUUAAAUGAAAAUGAUAAGAACUACGAACCUGAGGUUUCUGAGGAGGAAGAAAAACCAUACAAAAAAGUUAUAACUACGGAACUGGUUGAUUCUUGGUGUCACUCAAUAGAAGAAAAUGGAAAAUUGGCUGCUCUUCGUUCUCUUAUGAAAGCUUUUAGGACUGCAUGUCAUUAUGGUGAUGACAACGGAGAUGAUUCUUCAAUAAAAUUUAGCACGAUGUCCAGUAAUGUUUUCAAUAAAAUUAUGUUAUUUGUAUUAAGUAAAAUGGAUGGAAUUCUUAGAAAGUUUCUAAAGCUUCCCAGCUCUGGUGGAAAGAAAGAGACCAUACAAGAGCUGAUGACCACAAAACAGUGGAAAUCAUUCAACCAUAUUGUGAAGUCAUAUCUUGGGAAUGCCCUUCAUAUUCUCAACCAAAUGACCGACACUGAGAUGAUAUCAUUCACAUUGCGACGCCUCAAAUAUUCUUCUGUGUUUUUGGUAGCAUUUCCUAGCCUUCAGAGAAAGUUCAUAAAGGUUGCCCUUCACUUUUGGGGUACUGGGGGUGGUGCUCUUCCUGUAACAUCGUUCCUAUUUUUGAGAGAUUUGUGUAUUCGACUUGGAUCUGAUUGUCUAGAUGAAUGCUACAAAGGGAUGUAUAAAGCUUAUGUUUUGAACUGCCAAUUUGUAAAUGCAACUAAGUUACAGCACAUUCAAUUUCUUGGAAAUUGUGUCAUCGAACUUUUUCGUAUCGAUCUUUCGAUUGCCUAUCAACAUGCUUUCAUUUUCAUCCGUCAAUUAGCAAUGAUCCUUAGAGAGGCAUUAAACACAAGAACUAAGGAAGCCUUCCGAAAGGUUUAUGAAUGGAAGUACAUAAACUGCCUUGAGCUUUGGACUGGUGCUGUGUGUGCUUAUGGAUCAGAAAUUGAUUUUAAGCCCCUUGCAUAUCCCCUGACUCAGAUUAUUUCUGGAGUUGCCCGUCUUGUUCCAACUGCUAGAUAUUUCCCUCUGAGGUUAAGGUGUAUUAAGAUGCUGAAUCGAAUAGCUGCUUCUAUUGGGACUUUUAUACCUGUUUCCAUGCUUCUUUUGGACAUGCUAGAAAUGAAAGAAUUAAACAGACCCCCAACAGGAGGUGUUGGCAAAGCAGUUGACUUGCGAACUGUAUUGAAGGUAAGCAAGCCCACCCUAAAAACACGAGCUUUUCAGGAGGCAUGUGUGUUUUCGGUUAUUGAACAGCUUGCCGACCAUUUAUCUCAGUGGAGUUAUUCUGCCUCUUUUUUUGAGUUAUCCUUUAUCCCUGUUGUGCGCCUGCGUAGUUUUGCCAAGUCAACCAAAGUUCAGAGGUUUCAAAAGGAAACAAGGCAGCUUAUUCGUCAGGUUGAGGCCAAUUCAGAGUUUACAAAUGAAAGGCGUAAAUCAAUUUGCUUUUUACCAAAUGAUCCUGCCGUAUCGUCCUUUCUUGAGGAUGAAAAGAAGUCGGGGACCAGCCCACUGUCACAGUAUGUCUCAACAUUACGUCAAAGAUCUCGGCAACUGACGGAUUCUUUAUCGGAAUCUAGUGUACUCGUGGGUGAACAUGGAUCUGUAUUUGGGAAAAGUGGAUCAGACAGUGAAGACGAGGAUACCGGGGGAAGAGAAGGGACUUCUGUCUUUAGCUCCACCUGGUUGCCAGGAAGCGAUUCCAAGACGAAGCAUCCAGAAGAAAAGAAAAGUAAGAAAAAGAAAAGGAAGAUGGAGCAACAAGAUAAGGCAGCUCCUAGAGACGAAGACGUGGUGGAGGACUUGGUGCUCAGUUCCGAUGAGGAUGACGAACCUUUAAAUAACAGUUCUGCUGAAAGUGAAGAAGAUGAGGACGUGAAAUCUGUUAGAAAGCAAGCUCAGAAGCUGAAAGCGCCAUCACGGGGAUCAAAGAAGAAGAAGAACCGUUCGCCUGCAAAUAAGUCUAAGAAGAGGAAAACGUCUCGAUAAAAAUGGAUACAAUGAGAAGCUACAACAUAGCCUUAGCAUAAACUCAAUGAAAGAAAUAGGUAGUUCACCUUUGUUUUUGGUCUUCACAGGUUAGUUCAAGCCGAAGUUAAGCAGUGCAGCUGAAUAUUGGGAGGAAGAACAUGAUUCACGGCUCAUUAUUUAUUUAUUUAUGCUUUUCUUUUUCCUUUUGGACAGGCAUAUUGUAUAUUUUAGAGUGAGUGAUGACCAAGAUUUAUUUAAUGUUGGGCAAUGCCUAGAAUUUUUGAUCCAUAAAUGAAUGGUUUUUUGAGGUUGAAAUA